UCUGGUUUUUUCGUUUCCCUCUCCUUCGUCUCUUUGGAGGGAAAAACUUCGGGAAAUCCAAAUCGAGCAAGCCUCCUCUUUCCGCUCACUCUGUUCCUCUACUGGCUAGGGCUUCCGGCUCGGCUCCAGCUCCGCGUCCCUCGCUCGCUUCCGGCGCCGGCGGAACUGAAAUCGCUCCGGCUUUCUCCGGCAGGGGGACGGCCUUCUCCGGCUUCCCGGUCCUCGUGGUUUUGUACUCCUUUCGGCCUCCGAGCACGGCGAUUCUGGCGAUCCGAGCGCGCGUCGGCUCAGUUAGUAGUUUUCGCAAGAUUCUUCGGACCCAACCAAUACAGCACUUAUUUCUUAAGUCUGGGAACGGAGGAGACUGUUUCUCAAGUAUUUUCUCUAAGGUGGAAGUGGCAUAUCACACUGGGGAAUUCUACCUGGUAUGACGAUGCAAAACAAGAGAAAAGGAUCUGCAAGAAUCGCUGCUAGAGAUCAUGCCAGUCCUAGAGUAUCAAGAUCUCAGAAGUCAUCUUCUGAAAAUGCGCAAAUAGCUGAUAAGAAAGCAUCGCAGCUGAUUACAUCCUCGCCUAGAAGGCAACGGAACUCUGGUGUUCCUCAGAAGAAGAACGAUACUUCCCUAGCUUUGAAGAGUGUGAAUACAAGAAGCAGGUUCAGUUCAGAUGCUUGUUUGGACUGUGAUGUGACUGAGGAUGUUUCUUUCGAUUGCAAGGGUCCUCAAGAGGGAGCUGCUCAUCUUGUUUUGGAGACUAUUUUUUCUCCUGUUUUUCAUUCAGCUAGAAAUGGUGACAGGGAGCUUGCUGAUGAAGAAAACAAUGUCAAGUUCUAUCAAAUUGAGCAAGAAAUAAAUCAUCGGUGUAGCACAGAGCAGUUGCAAGUUGAUGUGCAGAAUGGUUGUGUUGUUCAUGAAACGUCAGGGUGCUAUUCUGUGGAAGAGAAGAGUAUUUGUGAGAAUAACUCAACUUCAAUGAGUAUGACUCACUCAAAUUAUGUGGAGAUGGACCAAAAUAUGUGCUCAGAAAAUUCAGAUGCGAACAAUGGUGAUAUGAUGGUUAGUCUGGAUACUAAUGCUUUAAGUUCUCAGUACAGUAUGGAUAUUGAAGGAGCCAGCCUUUCAUCUGAAGUUUCGGCCAUAUAUUUUGCCAUGAAAAACUCCAAGCUUGAAUGUGUUGAUGAGCAUGGUCAAGACACUAUUACAACAGACGUAUGUGUGGAGGAUGAUGAUUAUGAUGAGCUUGAUGACUUUGACCCAUAUUUUUUCAUAAAAAACUUGCCAGCCUUGUCCUCCGUUGUCCCAACCUUUCGGCGAAUGUUACUACCUAAGCAGACUCGAAGUUGUCCUUCUACCACUCUUGUUUUGGACUUGGAUGAAACUUUGGUGCAUUCCACACUAGAACCUUGUGAGGAUGCAGAUUUUACGUUUCCAGUUAAUUUUAAUCUUCAAGAGCACACUGUCUAUGUUCGUUGCCGUCCUCAUCUAAGAGACUUUAUGGAGAGAGUCUCCGGUCUUUUUGAGAUAAUAAUAUUCACAGCUAGUCAGAGUAUAUAUGCGGAACAGCUUCUCAAUGUGCUAGACCCGAAAAGGAAAGUAUUUCGUCACCGAGUCUAUCGUGAUUCCUGUGUUUAUGUGGAGGGAAAUUACCUAAAAGACUUAUCCGUCCUCGGUCGUGACCUGGCACGUGUCAUUAUCAUUGAUAAUUCUCCACAGGCAUUUGGAUUCCAAGUGGACAAUGGAAUACCCAUCGAGAGCUGGUUUGACGAUCAAUCGGAUCAAGAGUUGCUCCGGUUACUGCCAUUUUUGGAAAGCUUAGUUGGUGUUGAAGAUGUCCGGCCUUUUAUCGCAAAGAAAUACAAUCUCCGGGAGAAAAUAGCUGCCGCUGCCUAUCCUCUAAACACAAGGAGGGCCGAUCCUUUCGAAAGGAACCCGAUGGAGGCCGAGAACGGCGAGACGAAGGCGCAUCGCCGCCAGCUGAAGCACCUCGGUUUCGUCAGGCUGACCGCGGUCCACGCCCUGGUCUUCGUGUCGGGCCUCUACGACCGGGCGAAGCGCAAUUGCGGGCCCCUGAGGCCGGCGGUGGCCACCGUGGAGGGGGCCGUGACGGCCGUCGUGGGCCCCGUCUACGAGAAGCUCAAGGACGUGCCGGAGGAUCUCCUCGUCUUCGCUGAUCGGAAGGUCGAUGAAGCAACGCACAAAUUCGACAAGCAUGCGCCUCCCUUUGCCAAGCACGUAGCUCACGACAUCCAUCACUUGAUUCUGAAGACUGCAGAGAAGGCUCAGAGGCUCGUGAACGAGGCUCAAACGGGAGGCCCGCACGCAGCUCUGCACUACGCUGCUACCGAGUCGAAGCAUGUCUUCCUGGACCAGAGCGUGAAGGUCUGGAUCAGGCUCAACAAGGUUCAGCCCUUGCACAUGGUGGUGGACAUGACAGUGCCGACAGCUGCUCACUGGUCCAAGAAGUACAACAAUGUCGUCAUGGACAUGAAGCAGAAGGGCUAUCCUGUGAUCGGCUAUUUGCCGCCGGUCCCUAUUGAUGAGAUCGCCAAGGCAUUCAAAUGCGGCGAAGCGGAGAAGAAUGGCGAGGUCGAGGUUCUGCCUAAGCCCGCUUCAAGUUCCGAGUCGGAUUGAUGGGCCUGCUGUGCUUUCAUGGGGCUUGGAUUUGCGAUAAAAUGUAAGUGGCUUGCAGGGUAAAAAGGUAGAAAGAGUGUCUGUCUGAAUGCGGUGAAGCCGAUCUGACGUGUGAUGUAAAAAAGACAGCCGAACCUUGUUUUUUCUCUCUCUUCAUGUGGGUAAUGAAUGUGAAUAAUUACGUCGAUUCUA